AUGCCGCCAAAACCAGCACUUCAGAAGCUCAAUGGCGUGCAAUUGCCGGCAGCAGCAGAUAUGCAUGUCCACCUGCGCGAUGGGGAGAUGACUGAACUCGUGGUGUAAGGCUUAGGCUUUUCCAGGAAUGUACCUAAGUCUAACGCUUUAUAGCCCUACUAUCCGACGUGGCGGCGUCAAUACCGUCUUCGUGAUGGUAUGGGAACAAAGGAUAUGAGAUGUCGUUAAGAAGUACGCUGAAUUGUCCCACAGCCUAAUCUGGUUCCUCCCAUCACCACCGUCAGCCAUGCACUGAAGUACAAGAAGCGCCUGCAAGAAUUGGAGCCCAAUGUCAACUUCCUCAUGUCACUCUACCUCCAUCCGAACAUCAGGCCAGACACAGUCACAGAGGCUAAGAAAGCCGGCAUUACUGGUAUCAAGUCGUAUCCUCAUGGAGUGACCACCCAUUCGGAUCAUGGUGUCAUGUCAUAUGAGGAGUUCUACCCUGUCUUCGAGGAGAUGGAGCGACAGGACAUGGUCCUGAACUUGCACGGCGAGCUUCCCCCAUCGGCAGGAGCCGACAUCACUGUGCUGAACGCUGAAGAGGCCUUCCUCCCAACACUGCUUGAUCUUCACAAACGCUUCCCCAAGCUCCGAAUCAUUCUCGAGCACUGUACUUCGGCUGCGGCCAUUAAAGCGGUAAAAUCAUGCGGCGAGAAUGUCGCAGCAACCAUCACGGCGCAUCACCUCUUCAUUACAGUGGAUGAUUGGGCCGGCGACCCACAUUGCUUCUGCAAACCAGUCGCAAAGAACCCAUCAGACCGUCGAGCAUUGCUUGAAGCAGCAAUGAGUGGCGACCCGAAGUUCUUCUUCGGAACCGACUCAGCCCCUCACCCAGCUAUAUCCAAGCGCGCUGACAAGUUUGCCGCUGGCGUCUUCACCCAGCCGCAUUCGGUGGGGAUAGCAUUAGAUGCUUUGCAGCAGGGCGUGGAGCUGGGCGUGCUGAAGGAAGAAGACGUAACUCCGGAGAAGCUUGAAGGGUUUCUCAGCAAGUUCGGACGUGCGUUCUACCGAGUACCAGAUGAGAAGCAGGAGAAGAUCGCUAUAGAGCAGGGCGCGCUCGAGAUCGAGGACAUUCUCCGGAGCGAAAGUGGUCAGAUCGAAGUCGUGCCUUUCCGACGAGGGAAAAUGACCUGGGCGAUCCGCUGGACAUGA